AUGACACAGUCCGGCGGAACAUCAGGACACAGUCGACUUCUGGCUCAAGCUGACCAGAGACAUCUGCAGGCUGCUUCGACAAGGACAGAAAGCGACGCCUUUGGAGAGAUCCAGGUGCCUUCGGACAAGUACUGGGGCGCUCAAACUGAGAGGUCACUGGAGAACUUCAAGAUCAACCAGCCUCAAGAUCGGAUGCCCCCGGGAGUGAUCAGAGCAUUUGGUAUCUUGAAGGGUGCUGCUGCAACCGUGAACAUGAAAUAUGGGCUUGAUCCUAAGAUCGGAGAAGCAAUCCAGCAGGCAGCUGCCGAAGUUGCUUCUCUUAAGCUCAUCGAUCACUUUCCCCUUGUCGUCUGGCAGACUGGUUCAGGUACACAAUCCAACAUGAACGCCAACGAGGUCAUCUCCAACCGCGCAAUCGAGAUAUUAGGAGGAACAAUGGGAACCAAGAAGCCAGUCCAUCCAAAUGAUCACGUCAACAUGUCCGCCUCGUCGAAUGACUCUUUCCCUACCGUAAUGCAUAUCGCCGCUGUCCUCGAGAUUGAAGGCGACCUUCUUCCUGCUCUUAAAUCCCUCCGUGACGCCCUCAAAGCCAAAGCUGAAUCUUUUGAGAAGAUCAUCAAAAUCGGCCGAACUCAUCUCCAAGACGCCACUCCUCUGACUUUAGGUCAAGAAUUUGGUGGAUAUGUCGCCCAGCUCGACCGUAACGUCGAACGCAUCGAUGCCUGUCUUCCACAUCUUCGCCAACUAGCGCAAGGCGGCACAGCAGUAGGCACAGGUUUGAACACCUUCGUUGGUUUCGCCGAAGGCAUUGCAGAAGAAGUAUCGAAGCUAACGGGUACGGAAUUCAAAACUGCUCCGAACAAGUUCGAAGUACUCGCCGCGCAUGACUCGGUAGUGGAAGCCAGCGGAACCCUCAACACGCUCGCCUGCUCUCUCUUCAAAAUCGCCCAGGACAUCCGCUAUCUUGGAUCCGGCCCCCGCUGCGGACUAGGAGAGUUGCAACUGCCGGAGAAUGAACCCGGAUCCUCCAUCAUGCCCGGUAAAGUCAACCCUACUCAAUGCGAAGCACUUACCAUGGUCGCUGCCCAGGUAAUGGGCAACCACGUCGCGGCCACCGUCGGUGGCAUGUCCGGCCAAUUCGAACUCAACGUUUUCAAACCGCUCAUGAUCCGCAAUCUAUUACAUAGCGUUCGCCUCCUUGCCGACGGAAUGCGCAGCUUUGAGAAGAAUCUGGUUGUGGGGAUCAAGGCGGAUGAGAAAAGAAUUGCAACCCUAUUGCAUGAGAGCCUCAUGCUGGUCACGUGCUUGAAUCCCGUGAUCGGUUAUGAUAUGGCGAGUAAGGUGGCGAAGAAUGCGCAUAAGAGGGGUUUGACGCUUAAGCAGAGUGCGAUGGAGUUAAAGGCGUUGAGCGAAGGGGAUUUCGAUAAGUAUGUGAGGCCUGAGUUGAUGUUGGCGCCGAAGGAGAAAAAAUGA